AUGAGAUUGAUGUGGAUAAUGCUCGACAUAACCUUUUUAGAAUGGGAAAUUGCACUGAAAAAAACACUUCCACCCACUUCAGACAGCUUAGUGCAGCAUAUAGAUCGUGCGAACUACGAAAGCUAUGUCAGACGUCGAUGUAUGGUGCAAAUUAUAACUGCAGGAAGACCAGAUGGACAUGGCUGGCACAUCGAAAAUGGGCAGGUAUGCAUCAAGUGGAUGACUCUUCCAGUGGCACCGGAUAGCGUGUUGGAGAUCAUGAACUGUUCCUGCAAAACAGGCUGCUGCUCGGUGCUCAUGUGUAAGAAAACAAACCUGAAUUGCACUGCAUUGUGUAAAUGUUCGGAUAGUUGCAAAAACCAAGAUAGGUCUGAGAGGGAUGAUUCAAUUUUCAUUGACUUUGAUGACGAAGAUGCAUAUGAAAAUGAUGAAGGACUUGAUAUUGACAAUGUUAAUUAG